AUGGAAAAAGGCACUUUGAAUGGAAAAAUCUGUAUUCUUCUGUUCUUCCUGUUCAUCUUCUCUGCUGUACUCAAUCACACUAAAGCCCGAGAAAAUAAAAACAGAGGAAAUUGUCAGAUAGAUCAUUCGUACACAACGCGUGGGAUAGGGAGUGUGAUUGAUCAAAGUUCUCGCGUUGGCAAGGAGCAGAAAAUUGCCAUUCAGAUUGCUGUCAGUGACUUUAAUAAGCUUUCGUCUUGUUCAAAGCUGGCUUUGCACAUAAAAGAUUUACAUGGCAAGUCAGCUCAAGCAGCUUCUACUGAAAAGUAUCUGGUAAAAAUGGCUCAGUUACAAAUUCCAUUUGAAGUUGCAGCUAUUAAGCUUAUCAAGCACAAUAGAGUAAAAGCGAUUGUUGCAGCGUUGACAUUGGAAGAAGCAACUCUAGUCACAGAAUUUGAGGAAGUCGCCAGCACUCCCAUAAUAACCAUUGGCUCAGCAGCCAUUUCUCCAUCACCACUGCUUCCUCAACCACCGUCCAUUUUUCAGCUGAAUACUGAUAUCAGCAUACAAAUGCAAUGUGCUGCUGCAAUUAUUGGCCACUUUAGAUGGCAAAAAAUCACAGUCAUAUAUGAACAAAGUAAUAGUUUCUGUGCCGAUUCUAGACUUGCGAAACAACUUUCUGAGGCGCUGAAUCCAUAUAAUUCUGUUGUUGAAUGCGAUCUCGCAUUUCCUUCCAUAUCUUCUCUCCUAAAUCCUGAUGUCUUUAUUGAAGAAAAGCUGAAUAUGUUGAGAAGCAAAAGCAGCGGAAUUUUUGUAAUUGUGCAGUCUUCUUUGGAGUUUGCUACAAUUUUUUUUGAGAAGGCCAAGAAAAUGGGAAUCAUGGGGAAGGGUAAUGUUUGGAUUGUGUACGAUGAUAUUGUUAGCCUAAUUGAAUCUGUGGAGCCAUCUGUCAUCCAAAACAUGAAAGGGAUAAUUGGAUUUAAGGCGAAUUAUGAGGAAAAAAGCAAGUCUUUUAGGGACUUCAAUUUCAGGUUUCGAAAAAAGUUCAAAUCAGCAUAUCCUGAAGAAGAACAUCCAUAUCCAAGCAUGUAUGCUCUUCGAGCAUAUGAUGCUACAUGGAGAAAAUGGGAAUCAUGGGGAAGGGUAAUGUUUGGAUUGUGUACGAUGAUAUUGUUAGCCUAA